UGUACAGAUCUUUGGGGGGAUUGUCAAUGCUGGGAAUCCAAAUCUUGAAGGCACUGAUCUCUAUGAUAAUGACUACUUACUCUUCAACUUCAAUGACUACCCAAAUGGGAUGGUAACACUUUUCAAUCUACUAGUUAUGGGGAACUGGCAAAUGUGGAUUCAGGGCUACAAGGAUUUGACUGGAACUGCAUGGUCUUAUGCAUACUUCGUCAGCUUCUAUCUUAUUACAAUCUUACUACUACUGAAUUUGGUUGUGGCAUUCGUAUUGGAGGCUUUCUUCGCUGAAAUGGAUCUUGAAACUUCUGAGAAAUGUGAAGAUGCAACUGGCAAGGAUGAAAUUCAUCAGGGGCAUCGACGACGUAAUGUGGGCACGAAGACAAGGAGUCAGAGAGUUCAGAUGCUUCUCCACCAUAUGUUGAGCGCUGAGCUGGGGAAAACAGAGUGCUCCUCCCCAUAAAGUCGAUAUAUUUCUUAUCCUUGCAGGUAAUUUCUUGAAAGCUCUUCAUUUUUGCUU